AUGCAGGCCGGCCGCACCUGUGCGCUGCUCGCGCUCUGCCUCCUGCGCGGCGGGGCCCAGGAUUUCGGGCCGACGCGCUUCAUCUGCACCUCGGUGCCCGUGGACGCCGACAUGUGCGCCGCGUCCGUGGCCGCCGGCGGCGCCGAGGAGCUCCGGAGCAACGUGCUGCAGCUCCGCGAGACCGUGCUGCAGCAGAAGGAGACCAUCCUGAGCCAGAAGGAGACCAUCCGCGAGCUGACCACCAAGCUGGGCCGCUGCGAGAGCCAGAGCACGCUGGACGCGGGCGCCGGCCGCAAGCAGCCCGGCUCCGGCAAGAACACCAUGGGCGACCUGUCGCGGACGCCGGCCGCCGAGACGCUCAGCCAACUCGGGCAAACUUUGCAGUCGCUCAAAACCCGCCUGGAGAACCUCGAGCAGUACAGCCGCCUCAAUUCCUCCAGCCAGACCAACAGCCUGAAGGAUCUGCUGCAAAGCAAGAUCGACGACCUGGAGAGGCAGGUGCUCUCUCGGGUCAACACUCUGGAGGAGGGUAAGGGGGGCCCCAGGAACGACACCGAGGAGAGGGUCAAGAUCGAGAGCGCCCUGACCUCCCUGCACCAGCGGAUCAGCGAGCUCGAGAAAGGUCAGAAAGACAACCGCCCUGGAGACAAGUUCCAGCUCACAUUCCCCCUGCGGACCAACUACAUGUACGCCAAGGUGAAGAAGAGCCUGCCUGAGAUGUACGCCUUCACCGUGUGCAUGUGGCUGAAGUCCAGUGCCGCGCCGGGCGUGGGCACGCCCUUCUCCUACGCCGUGCCUGGCCAGGCCAACGAGCUGGUCCUCAUCGAGUGGGGCAACAAUCCCAUGGAGAUCCUCAUUAACGACAAGGUGGCCAAACUGCCCUUUGUAAUCAAUGAUGGCAAGUGGCACCACAUCUGCGUCACCUGGACCACCCGGGAUGGGGUCUGGGAGGCCUACCAGGAUGGCACACAGGGCGGCAGUGGCGAGAACCUGGCACCCUACCACCCCAUCAAGCCGCAGGGCGUGCUGGUGCUGGGCCAGGAGCAGGACACUCUGGGUGGUGGAUUUGAUGCCACCCAAGCGUUUGUGGGUGAGCUGGCCCAUUUCAACAUCUGGGACCGCAAGCUGACCCCGGGGGAGGUGUACAACUUGGCCACCUGCAGCACCAAGGCCCUCUCUGGCAAUGUCAUCGCCUGGGCUGAAUCCCAUAUUGAGAUCUACGGCGGAGCCACCAAGUGGACAUUCGAGGCCUGUCGCCAGAUCAACUGACAGCUGCCAGCCAGGGCUGAGCCCCGGCCCCAGCCCCACGCCUGCCUCCCCUGCUUGUGCAGUGAUGAUGUGUUCAUCUCUUCUCUCCCUUCGCCCCAGGAAUGAAUCAAGGCCAUGGCCCCUGCACACGCACACGCACACACACGCACACAGCCUGGUUUUGUCCUCCUCGUGCAUUUGAAGCGGUCCAGGCUCUUGUCUGUCCUUGAGGAAACCCCACUUCUCUCUAGGAGCCCUGACUGAUGCUCAGGCAUGCCCUAGUGACAGCUAAAGCAGGCGGCAGCGACGUUUUGAACAAUGCAGAAGUAGGUGAGAGGCUUUGUGUGUGCGUGUGUGUCUGUGUGUGUGUCUGUGUGUGUGUGGGUGGCUGGGGGAGGCUUUUUCUUUUACAGUGAGGUAUUUUACCUCCUUUCUUUGUGGCUUUGGGAAAUCUCUUGAUGGGUCGAAAGUCUGUACUUGCCCGUGUGGCCGGCCACCCACGUGCCUCCGGCUGGCGUGCUCGACAUGCAGGUUUGUCCUCGUUUGCAAACCCUUUUCAGAGCCACGUGUCUAUAUUGAUAUAAAACAUGUCUUUUAGUGGUUUGUUAAAGGCUGGGGGGCCUCUCCACGGGGAUUUUUUAUUUUGCACCAGAAGAGCACUCUCUCUGAAGGGUGAAGGCGGACAGUCCCGGGAUGGCACCUCUGCCCCCGGCCUUCCCACCUCCCCGCAUCUAGCGAGGCUGGGAUCCGUUUCUCCCUUUCAGCUGCGUCAGCCCAGAUGGUCCUGAGAGAAGAAAGUCCCACCCGGAGCCUGGGCAGCCAGAGUCCCAGCGCCCCUCCCUUUUUGCCUCUGCCAAUGGGAGACCAGAGGCUUUGAGAGGAGACCUGUUAGACAAGGAAACCCACAUGACGAAAACCCAGCCACACAGGGCCACUGAGGCUCGAACCCAGCCAGUCAGUGGGAACGACCUCCCCGCAGUACUUCUUAUAGCCAUGUCCAUUCCAGCACACCCAGGUCCAGGGGAGCUGGUGCAGACCCCUCCGAGGGGCAGGGGUUCCGGGACCUCUCACCUGGAGCCAGGCAUGGCCAGGACGGGGGCCUGAAACCCACUCCUCCAUCUCGCAGGGCUUAAGUAUUGCAGUGGCCCCCAACCUGUCACCAGCCGGUGACACUGAGACCUGACCAGUGUCCAGAACCUUUGACAUUUUUGUUGCCCAUGAAAAGCCACAUGAAUAUUUUCUUCUAGUCCUUCCAAGGAGGGGAGAAAAGUGUGUGUGUGUGUGUGUGUGUGUGUGUGUGUGUGUGUGUGUGUGGAGAGAGAGAAUGCUUGGAGGGUCAUGCCAGGGUAGGGUGAGCUCCCUGCUUUGUUGUGUCAUGCCCUGAGGACACCCUGGACUCUGUCUCCAGGAGUCUAGUUAGCAAAAAGCUGACAAGUCUUUCUAGACAUUCUCCUGCACUGCCUGGCUCAUCUGCAGCUGCAGACAUUUCUUCAGGAGGAGCAGGUGUUUCUGUCUUCUGUUCCUUCGGGGCCACCUGUCCCCUUAAAUGCAGGUCCAUGUUGUGUUGGAAACCUAGUGCAUCUGUUUGUGUCUGUGUCGGUGUCUCUGUGUCCUCGUGAGUGUCUUCACAGUACCCGGCCGCCGUUCUGCCGUGCGUCCCUGUGACGGGGAGAGCGCGGGUCAGGCGCUGUGCGGCGCGUGGCGUUCAGCAGUGGCUCUUUUCAGGUGAUCGUGCUUCAUCAGCGCCCAUUGGGCUGUGCUUCCUUGGAUGUGCAGGGAUCUUCUCUGUUUGCAUGUUCCUUGGGGUGGUGUGUUCUGUGCCCCCUCAGUCCGAUGUGUGUUCCCUUGCCUGCAUGGACUUCUCAGUUCUGUGUUGUGUGCCGAGUGCCACCCAGUGUUCUGUGACCACCCAUGUAGCUACCGAAAAUGUCUGGGUAAGCAAGCCAAGGGUGUCGGAGGAGGUCGAGAGAGAGAUCAGUUUCCCUCUCCCCCUCCCCACUCCCCAAACACACCAGGAAGCAUUUUUAACAUAUGGGUUGAGAACAAGCUGAAAUAAUCCCCGCAGUUGGGAGACAGCGAGAGCGUGGACUCGCCUCUUAGACCAGAUCUCGCCCCACCCUCCCUCCAGCCGUCCUGGAGCUGUGCUAGGUGCUCCCCUGUGGGCCCCUCCCACCAGCCCCUGCCAACCUACCGGACCCCCGCCCACCUUCUGCCCAGAGUGGGCGAAGUGGGAGCUGUCCGCUCAGGACCACAAGCCAUCCUCUGCCCUGACUAGAGAGGGGCAGAGCCUACCCCAUGUGCAGGCUUCUGUCCCUGCACCCUCCCGGCCCUCACCCUGUUGCCCCCGCCCCCGACGCACCUGUGGUGCCAGGGACAGAAGCCGACAUUGAGCCCCCUCCGCGCCCCUAACUGGAAUCUGUGCCACGCCCCUUGACCCCCUCACUGUGUCAACACUUGGUACUUUGUUGGCCCCAAGAAAGGUAAACGACACAGCCACCAAAUAAUCCACGUAGUUUCCAUCUACUCCUUAAUCUGACUGAUGUUCCCUCUUGCACUGAAUAACACAGCCUCUCUCAGGUAAGCCAUUUUAUAAAAUCGGAAGAUAAAAAACACUGUUGAGACAGUGUUUGCUUUUGCCGAGCUGGCGUCCGACAGCUCCCUGGGUGUCCGAGGCGGGGGAGCCACCGUAGAGGCUCUCUGGGCCCUCGGGGGCUUAGAUCCCACUUGAAUCGUAAGCCUUCUUGAUUUUGAUAACACAGUAUUAUUUCUCUUACUGCAGAAGAAAAAGUUUAUUACCAAACAAGAGUAUUUUUAUGAAAGAAAAGGACAAACCUAUAAAUUAGCUCAACCUAUAUCUCCCUUGAAAAAUACUUUCAGACUCCACCCAACUGUAGGACUGAAAGCACGUAUUUUGGAAGAAAGAGAUACAUUUUGUAUGCUUUCUUUUCCUUUUGUAGAUUCCCAGUUUAUUUUCUAAGACUGCAAAGAUCAC